AUGUUCCAGUGGAACCAUUUAACGUACUGCAGAUGUAGAUUGAGCUAUGCGUGCAUACGAACAUCGACUGGCAGCGUGUCCAUAAGAUGGCUAGCCAAUUUGACGGACCAUAAAAACGAGAAUCAUACUUUCUCUAAAAAAAAUUUCAACAAUGUGCUCAUGCAAAAUAUCAGAAUUACGCAAGAUGGGCAGAUCAAGUGCGAGCGGUUCUUCUUUUCCAAGUACAGCCUGCCCUACGUCCUGAACAUCCCCGUGAAUGACCUCCGCCUCAUCGAUUCGAGUAACAACCACAACCCGACCCUCCUGGUGAGGAAGAACAUGAUCCUGCUACGCACUGGCUUCAUCAGCUGCGUAAUCCGUUUCAACGAGUUAUGGAUGUUUGAGCCGAAGAACCCUCUAGUGGUGAAGGCCACUAAUUUGGUUAAGAAGAAUUUUAAAAGGAAAAGCGACUUGGACGGUGAGGAAGCGGAAAAGGAUGGGAGCCCAAAUGGGCAGGGGAAUAAUGUAGCGAGUUGCUUUGAAGGGAAGGACGACUGUCCGGGGGUAGCCGAUCAGGUGUGUCUAAGAACUGUCUCGAUGGAGUGCCCCGUAGAUGCCGCGCACGAGAGGCCUGCAGAUAUCGCUGCGUCCUGCCCCGUAGAUACCGAUUCGUACUGCCCUCCUGCAGACGAGCUAAACCACGUGAAUGUUAAAAAUCAUUUUUACAAACACAAAGGGAACAUUUACUUCGAGUUCCUCUGUCUGGACAUCUGCAUGCAGCUGUCUAUAAAGGAGUAUGAAGAAGAUCUGUACCGUCUAAACGAACAAAUCAAAGGAAUCAUCCUGCAACAUCGAAAGGAAGAAAACAACGAAAUUAAUAUUCUGACGAAUAAUCUACUCAGAGAUAUGAUGAAAAUCAAAAACAGACUGCAGAAGGUUUCUAAUCUGUUAAAUGCUCUCCGUACCAGUAUCGAAAGAAUUCUAAAUAAUCACAUGGACAUGGAAAACAUGUAUUUGACUUUUCUAAAGACGAAUGUAACGAGGGAAGGAACCUUUUCUGAUAAAUGUAGUAGGUCAUCAAACCCUCUAAAGGAUUGCACCGAUUUAGAGAUCGUUUUAGAGACCCACUUACAGCUAACAGAUGAGCUGUAUAGAGAAUUAGAAAACCUGGAGGAAAAGAUUACUCACUAUGAAGAACUGAUGCGACUCAAUUUAGAUUACAAUCGGAACAAAUUCAUUCUCUUAAAUGUGAAAAUAUCCUUUGCCACUUUAUUUUUUUCCAUCUGUUCUGUAAUUACCAGUCUAUUUGGUAUGAAUUUAAAGAACUUUUGUGAAGAGAGCGAUUAUGUCUUUUUUGUUGUCUCUCUUUCCAUCUGCGUGUCGUCUUUCCUUGGCAUUCACCUCACGAGGAACAUCAACACGAUUCUCCGCUUCUUCGACCGCUAUGGGGUGAAGUAG